AUGAAAUUGGAUAUUACAAAGGAAUUCAGCACCAGGACUGAUAGGGUCAAAGGGAUCGAUUUGCAUCCAACUGAACCUUGGGUGCUAACCACUCUUUAUUCUGGCAAAGUUGAAAUAUGGUCUUAUGAAACAAAUACCAAAAUCAAGACAAUUGAUGUGACUGAUGUGCCUGUUCGUGCUGGACGAUUCAUUGCAAGAAAAAAUUGGAUAGUUGUAGGCUCUGAUGAUUUCAAAAUAAGAGUUUACAAUUACAAUACUUCUGAAAAAAUCACUCAGUUUGAAGCUCAUCCUGAUUAUAUUAGAAGCAUCGCUGUUCACCUCUCAAAGCCCUACAUUUUAACUGGAAGUGAUGAUAUGACUGUAAAAUUAUGGAAUUGGGACAAAAAUUGGAAACUCGAACAAAUCUUUGAAGGCCAUCAACACUAUGUAAUGUCGGUUGCUUUCAAUCCAAAGGAUUUAAACACUUUUGCUUCUGCUUCUCUCGAUAGAUCUGUUAAAAUCUGGUCCCUUGGUCAACCAGUUCCAAAUUUCACUUUGGAUGCUCAUGAAGCAAAAGGUGUCAAUUAUCUUGAUUACUACCCACAAUCCGAUAAACCCUACUUGAUCACUUCUUCUGAUGAUAGAACCAUAAAAAUUUGGGAUUAUCAAACCAAGGCCUGUAUAGCAACCUUAGAGGGCCAUUUAUCUAAUGUUUCAUUUGCCGUUUUUCAUCCUGAACUACCUCUAAUCAUUUCUGGUUCUGAAGAUUCAACAAUUAAAAUUUGGAACUCAAAUACUUACAAAUUGGAAAAAUCCUUAAACUAUGGCUUAGAAAGAGCAUGGUGUGUUACAACCAAAAAAGGCUCGAAUUUAGUAGGUGUUGGUUUUGAUUCUGGUAAUGUUAUUUUAAAAUUAGGAAAUGAAGAACCCGCUUUAUCAAUGGAUCCAGUGGGUAAAAUUAUUUGGGCAAAAAAUUCAGAAGUCUUCACAACUGUUAUCAAAACAUCAAACGUCGACUCAAUCUCUGAUGGUGAAAUCUUGCCUUUACCUCAAAAGGAAUUGGGUACAACUGAAAUGUUUCCAACUUCUUUAAAGCACUCACCAAACGGUAGAUUUGUAGCUGUUACUGGUGAUGGAGAAUAUAUCAUUUAUACCUCACUAGCAUGGAGAAAUAAAAGCUAUGGUGAUGCUUUAGAUUUUGUUUGGGCUCAAGAUUCAAAUGAAUAUGCAAUUAGGGAUGAAUUACAAUCAAUUAAAAUUUUCAAAAAUUUUAGAGAAAAUCCCUCUUCAACCCCAAAUUUUGUUUAUAGCGCCGAUAAAAUAUUUGGUGGAACUUUACUUGGUGUUAAAUCUGUUGAAGGCGGCUUUGUAUCUUUCUUCGAUUGGGAAACUGGUAAAUUAAUCAGAAGAAUUGAUGUUGAUCCAAUUGAUGUUGUAUGGUCGGAUUCUGGAGAAUUGGUUAUUAUAAUUUGCUCUGAUGCAUCCUAUGUUUUAAAAUAUAACAAAGAUGUCUUUUUACAAGCUGCUUCUAACAAUGAUAUUGAUCCAGAAGAAGGUGUUGAAGCCAGUUUUGAUGUUCUUCAUGACUUGUCUGAAUCCAUUACAAGUGGUAAAUGGGUUGGUGAUGUUUUCAUCUUUACCACUUCAACUAAUAGAUUGAAUUAUCUUGUUGGUGGUAAAACUUUUAAUAUUUCUCAUUUUGACAAAAACAUGUAUUUAUUAGGUUAUUUACCAAGAGACAACAAAAUAUAUGUUGCUGACAAAGAUAUAAACGUUUCUUCAUAUCGUCUCUCUUUAACAAUUCUUGAAUAUCAAACAAUAGUAUUAAGAGGAAAUCUAGAAGACGCAAUGUCUCUUUAUUAUGAAAAUGAGCUAAGCUUAACAUCAAAUGAAAAAUCAAAAAUUUCAAGUUUCUUAGAAUCUCAAGGUUACAUCGAAGAAGCUUUGGAAAUUUCUACAGACAAUGAACAAAAAUUUCAAUUAUCAUUAAAAAUGAAAGAUUUCAAACAAGCUUAUACAAUUGCAACCGAGGAAAAUAAUGAAAGUAAAUGGAGAACCUUGGGUGACUUAUCGUUAAAAUCAUUCAACUAUAAAUUAGCAAUCGACUGUUACGAAAAAGCAAAAGAUUUGGAAUCCUUAUUUUUGAUUUUUUCAUCUUUCAAUAAUUUAAAUAAACUAAGAGAGUUGGGAAUAGAAGCGGAAGAAUCCAGAAAAUUCAAUUUGGCUUUCAACUGUUAUUGGUUAACUGGUGAAAGAGAAAAAAUUGUGGAUUUGUUAGCUCACAGUGAAAGAUUGUCUGAAUGUGCUAUUUUUGGCUUGACAUAUGGAGUUAAAAACAUACAAUUGGGUGAAAUUGUCAACAAAUGGAAGACUGAUUUAACCAAAAAUGGAAAGAAAAAUAUUGCUGACAGACUAUGUGACCCAACUGUGGAUACUGAAAUAUUUCCAUCAGAUGAGCCUGAGGACGAGCCAGUAAGUGAAAAGGAUACGGUGAAGCCAGCAUCACCUGUUUUAUUGGAUGGUAGCAGUAAGAAAUCAGAUUAA